AUGUGCAACGUCGCCGAGCACCCGUCGUACCCCAAGAUCAGCACGUCGCCGACGCCGACCCCGUCGCCGUCCACCAACACGCCGGAGCCGACGACCAAGAGCCCGUCCCCUACGACCAAGACCCCCGUGCCGACCACGAAGAAGCCCAACAAGUGCCAUGGCUGCACGGGGUGCUACUACCCGGAUGGCGACGAGUGCUACAACGACUAUGACGCCGAGACGUGCCAAGACUUGAGCUGGGACUACGGCACCAUCUGGUGCGGCAACUAG